CUUCCACACCACACUAAUACAAAGCUGGCCUUGCAAGACUUUCCUUCCUUUUUCCUGGCCUUUGUUUAUGUCAUAUCCUCUCUGCUGCUGCUACUGAAUUUCAAAAGCAAGUGACACUUUUGCCCACUUCCUUCUAUUCCUUCCACUCAUGCCUACCCUCACCCUGUCCAACAAGUGCUCACCACCACCACCGUAUCUCUCUUGAGAAAUGGCGACCGCCACGCCGGCGAUGCCAUUGCCGAACUACCAGGUGUCAGGCGCGGCCGCCCACCCGCGGAGCGUGCCGGGGUCCGUCGGCCCGUUCUUCGGGGUGCUCGCGGUCGUGUUGCUGCUCACCGCCCUGUCCUGCUUCUUUGGCCGCGUGUGCGCAGCGCAUGCGCAGGGGAGCGACGAGCGGUACGACUGCACGAGGCUGGCGGCCGCCGGCCGACGGAGAUGCUGGUGGACGCGAGCGCCUCGGCGGCCGGUCAGGCCAGCCGAAGCCGAGGAGGAGACCAAGGAGCCGGCUGCGCCGCCGUUACCUGAACCGUGAUCGAUUGCUUUUUUCAGGUUUCCUGCUCUUCGUUGCUGCAGUUUUGCAGGUUAGUAGUAUGAUAGUAGGAAAGACCAAUAAAAAAACAAAAGAUACAUAUAUGCCAAUGUAAUACUGGUCAUCUUCUUUUGCAUCCUUCAGUGUUACUUAAUGUUAGCAGAAUCUUUUCUU